AUUUUAAAUAAUACCAGAACUUUUGGCUUACUAUGUAGUCAUAUAAUAUAUAAUAUAAAACUCUUCUUGUUUUAAAUUCUCACUGAGGGCUAAACCCCCUAAAGGUGAAAUCCUAGAUCCGCCCCUGAAGGCGUGUAUCAGCUUGAGCAGUACACCAUUUACAGCCACCAUUUUCUCGAGCAGAAAACAGCAAGUGUAUAAACUGUAAUGAAAGUGAAAGUCAGCAGCUCCAUUUUGUGACGAGUGAAAAAUAAAAGAUUUGAGGAGUAAAAACACAAUGUUGGAGUGAAGUAAACGUGUGUCCUGCUGUAAUCUGGAGAAGGAGACGUGACCUGGAGAAGGAGACGUGACCUCCAACAUGAGUGUGUCUGGAAAACAGGACUUAAAAAAACACGAGAGAAUGAUGAAGAGAAAGAGAUCAGACUCACCAGAACCCAGCUGUGUGUCCAUGAAGAGUGACCGGUCAAUGGGUCCUCUAUAUAACUUCAGAGACGGAGACAGUUCUACUGAUGUGAGACCACAAAAGAAGAAAUCAAAGAAAUCAAACCUCAGCAAAAAUCAUCUGGACUCCAUGUUCAAGGAGCUGGAACACAAAGUCAUCACUCUGAUAAAGAAUGAGCUGAAGAGGUUUAGGAAGCUCCUGAGUCCAGAUUACCCAGCAUGCACUGAGAGGGAGGUGGAGGAUGAGGAGGAUCUGCACAGUGUCAGAGAGGGAGCGCUGAAGAUCACACUACACGUCCUGAAGAACAUGAACCACACAGAUCUCGCUAACACACUGCACAACAAACUCAACUCUGUGUCUCAGCCAACGUUUAAGUCCAAGCUGAGAGAGAAGUGUGAAAGAAUUAAUGAAGGCAUCUCACAGCCUGGAAGCUCAACACUUCUGAAUGAGAUCUACACUGAGCUCUACAUCACAGAGGGUUGGAGUGGAGACAUCAAUAAUGAACAUGAGGUGAGACAGAUUGAGACAGCGUCCAGGAGACCAGCAACACAGGAGAAACCCAUCAAAUGUAAUGAUCUCUUUAAAGACAAGUCCAUCAGAACUGUGCUGACUAAAGGAGUUGCUGGAAUUGGAAAAACCGUCUCUGUACAGAAGUUCAUUCUGGACUGGUCUGAAGGAAAAGCGAAUCAGGACGUCACCUUCAUGUUUCCACUUCCCUUUAGAGAGCUGAAUCUGAUGAAGCAGCAAAAUCUCAGUCUCAUGAAUCUUCUUCAGCAUUUUUUACCAGAAAAAAGAAAAUUAGAAUCAAUAAACUGUCACUCCUACAAAGUGGUGUUGAUCUUUGAUGGUCUGGAUGAGUGUCGACUUCCUCUAAAUUUCCAGAAGAAUGAGAGAUUGUGUGAUGUGACAGCGUCAGCCUCAGUGGAUGUGCUGCUGACGAACCUCAUCAAGGGGAAUCUGCUUCCCUCUGCUCUCCUCUGGAUAACCACAAGACCAGGAGCAGCCAAUCAGAUCCCUCCUGAGUGUGUAGACCAGGUAACAGAGAUACGAGGCUUCAGUGAUCCUCAGAAAGAGGAGUACUUCAGGAAGAGGAUCAGUGAUCAGAGCCUGGCCACUAAAAUCAUCACACACCUGAAGUCUUCAAGAAGCCUCUACAUCAUGUGCCACAUCCCAGUCUUCUGCUGGAUCUCAGCCACUGUUCUAGAGAGAAUGUUGGGUGAAGCAGAGGGUGGAGAGAACCCCAAGACUCUGACUCAAAUGUUCACACACUUCCUGAUCUUUCAGAUCAAACACAAGGACCAAAAGUACCAUCAGAAAUGUGACCCUGAUCCUCAGCAGACCAGAGAGAGUAUCAUGGCACUGGGAAAACUGGCUUUCCACCAGCUGGAGAAAGGAAACCUGAUCUUCUAUGAGGAAGACCUGAGAGAGUGUGGCAUUGAUGUCAGAGAAGUGUCAGUGUACUCAGGAGUGUGUACCCAGAUCUUCAGAGAGGAGUUUGGUCUUCACCUGGAGAAGGUGUUCAGCUUCGUACAUCUGAGUGUUCAGGAGUUUCUGGCUGCUUUAUACAUGUUUCUCUCCUUCAUCAGCAGAAAUGUAACAGAACAUCAAACCUCUGAUCUGUCUGAUCUUUUCAGGAAGUCAAACAUGUCUGAUCUCCUCAGGAGUUCAGUAGACAAGGCCUUACAGAGUGAGAAUGGACACCUGGACCUGUUCCUCCGCUUCCUUCUGGGUCUCUCAUUGGAGUCCAAUCAGACGCUCUUACGAGGCUUAAUGCCACAGACAGGAAGCAGAUCUCACAGCAAACAGGAAACAGUGGAGUACAUCAAGGAGAAGAUCAGGGAGAAUCCAUCUCCAGAGAAAUCCAUCAAUCUGUUCCACUGUCUGAAUGAACUGAAUGAUCAUUCACUAGUGCAGGAAGUACAAACUUACCUGAACAGAGGAGUUUACAGUCGUCUCAUUGGAAAUAGAAUCUCUCCAGCUCAGUGGUCAGCUCUGGUGUUUGUGUUACUAAGCUCAGAACAGGAGCUGGAUGAGUUUUAUUUGUAUAAAUAUGAUCCAUCAGAUGAAGGUCUCCUGAUGCUGCUGCCAGUGGUCAAAGCCUCCAGAAAAGCUGAUCUAAUUGGGUGUAAUCUGACAGAGGAAAGCUGUAGAGUUCUGUCCUCAGUUCUCAGCUCAAAAUCCUCCAGUCUGAGAAUUCUGGACCUGACUAACAAUAAACUGCAGGAUUCAGGAGUGAAGCUGCUCUGUGAUGGACUGAAGGAUCAAAACUGUAGACUGCAGAUACUGAGUCUGUGGGAGUGUAAUCUGACAGAGGAAAGCUGUAGAGUUCUGUCCUCAGUUCUCAGGUCAAACUCCUGCAGUCUGAGAAAACUGGACCUGAGUUACAAUAAACUGCAGGAUUCAGGAGUGAAGCUGCUCUGUGAUGGACUGAAGGAUCCACACUGUAAACUGGAGAUACUUGGGAUGGAGAGCUGCAGUAUUACAUAUGAAGGUUGUGCUGCUCUGGCUUCAGCUCUGAGGUCAAACUCCUCAUCACACCUGAGAGUACUGGAUCUAAAAGAUAAUAAUCCAGGAGAAUCAGGAGCGAAGCUGCUCUCUGAUCUACUGAAGGAUCCACACUGUAAACUGGAGACACUACACAUUAAUGAUAAUAAACUCCCCAGGUCUGGUGUAGGACAGAAGUCUCUCCUCAGACCUUUUUCCAGGAUAAAGCAGUUAUGGUGGUGAAGCGUUAGAACACGUCCCACAUUUCUAUUAGUUUGGGAGCUGAAUCAUUCAUAUUCAGAUGUAGAAGAUCCAGAACAAUAACUGAAAGAGAUCAGUGUCACUGUUUCCCAAAUGUUUUUGUCACGGCACAGUUUUGAUUUAUAAAACAUCCCACAGCAGACGGCAAAUCACUAAGCGUUAAAAUUAAUUGUACAAACACGCUUCAUUGCUUCAGAUGGAAUAUUAAAAGUGGACAUAAUCCUACAAUAAAAUGACAUUUAAUGUGAAAUUUGAGCUUAAGUCAGGUAGGAAUAAUGCUGUAGUUACUCUCUGAGGCAAUAAGUUAGUUUAGUAAAUUAGGGUUUUUUUUUCAACUUGCAGGAUAUAAAGUUUAUUGUAAUCACUAUUUUUGUUGAUGAAUACAUGUGGACAAUGUCAUGAUUUAAAAGAUAAAACAGUACUUAAACCUGUAUUGGCUAGUACAACUACACAGCAAAUAUCUGACAAAGUCUCUUUAAAUUAAAAAAAACAUUAGCCUUUAUCAGUGUUGUAAUGUAACGGAGUACAAAUACUUCAUUACUGUACUUAAGUAGAAAUGUCACGUAUCUGUACUUUACUUCACU